CACAACACCCCCCCACACCCAAUUCAGCCACACCACCCCCCCCCACACACACACAAACGCACAACAAACUCGCAUCCCACAGAGCCCAGCCCACUGCUGUGAGGAUUGACGCAGCUGCCACGCUGCGCAAGUGCCACCCCAUCCCUGCCCCCCAGCAGCUGUGAUCGGUCCCCGUGAGCUUCGUGGGCGUGUGGCAUGGGUGCCGUGCCGGGCUCCCUGCUCGGGGACUACUGGCCCCUGCUCAGGUUCCUCGUGCCCCUGGCCGUCACCAACGUGGCCACGGACCUUGGAGAGCAGGCUUUGAAUCGUGGCAUCGCGGCGGUGAACCGCAGCUCGGUAGAGAUGCUGGCCAGCUAUGGGCUUGCUUACUCUCUCAUGAAAUUCUUCACGGGGCCCAUGAGCGACUUCAAGAACGUGGGGCUGGUGUUUGUGAACAGCCGGCGGGACCGUGCCAAGGCACUGGGCUGCAUGGCCACGGCGGGCGUGGUGGCCGCCCUCUUCCACAUGCUCAUCGCCUAUACGGAUAUGGGCUACUACAUCAUCAACCGCCUACACCAUGUGGAUGGGGUGGUGGGCACGAAAACAAGACAGGCUUUUCUGUACCUCGCCGCCUUCCCGCUCAUCGAUGCACUGGCAUGGACGCAUGCAGGAAUCCUGCUCAAGCACAAACACAGCCUGAUCGUGGGCUGCGCUUCCCUCUCUGACGUCUGUGCCCAGGUGGUGUUCGUGGCUGUGUUCCUGCAGAGUCGGCUCGAGUGUGCUGAGCCUAUGCUAAUCCCAGUGCUGGCACUCUACAUGGGCUCACUCGUCAGGUUCACUACGCUGUGCCUGGCGUACUACACCAAGGUGCACCACCUCCUCCCGCAGCGGGCCGGCGCGGACACGGGUGAGGCAACCGUGCGCAAGAUGCUCAGUUUCUGGUGGCCACUGGCGCUCAUACUGGCCACUCAGCGCAUCAGCCGGCCAAUAGUCAACCUGUUUGUCUCUCGGGACCUGGGGGGCACGCAUGCUGCCACGGAGGCGGUGGCGGUGCUUACUGCCACAUAUCCCGUGGGCCACAUGCCAUACGGCUGGCUCACCGAGCUGCGUGCCCUCUACCCCGCCUUCCACAAGAGCAACCCAAGUAACAAGUCAACAUUGACAAGUUGUAACGUCAACCCAGCCAAAAUAAAAAACUUCACGCUUGUCUGCCUAGCGAUCUCUUUCACGCUGUGCAUGGUGCUCUUCUGGAGCCCGGGUCUCCCCGAUGGGAUCCUGGUCACCUUCAUUGGGGUAGACGACGCCUUCGCCAACAGCUGCAUCAUUCCUCUCAGGAUAUUCUCCUUUUUUCCGUUCCCAGUGACGGUGAGGGCGCACCUCACGGGCUGGCUCAUGACUCUGAAGCAGACGCGGGUGCUGGCACCCAGCUCCAUCCUACGCAUGAUCCUCCUCAUCACAAGCCUCCUGGUGCUGCCCUACCUCGGGGUGCACGGAGCCCCGUUAGGUGUGGGUUCCCUCCUCGCUGGUUUCCUCGGGGAGGCUGCCAUGGUGGCUCUCGCUUCGUGCUACGUCUUCAGGAAAGAGAGACAUGAAGCACUGAUAGAUGGAGAGAGCAUGGGCGACGGCGAAGGCGAUGCAAUAUCUGAGACCGUGGUCAUGACGGACGAGUCCGAAACGAGUGAGGACGACUACCUGUAGCCCCGGUCUUGCUGACACUGGGAAAUCACCUGAUGGGCCGGUCCAUAGUCACUCCUCUGCUCUUACCCCCAGUGCCAGUGCCCGCUACCCUCCGUCACCUGACCCCCAUCCCCCGAGAUUUCCGCUGUAGCAUAAAGGUCAUGGCGCAUGCCACACAACUACUACAGAGAGACUGCUCUAUGUGCUGCUGGACCUUGUGUGUGCUUUGUAAAACUCUUUCGGAGACACAACCAAGACCUGACAGUGAAAAUUACGUUAUUUAUUGGAGUUACAUUCAAGUAUUUUCCAUGGACCAGAAAUACACAGUUUAAAUACUAGCAGUCAUUGAACUAUUAUAGAUUUAUGUUGAACUCAUGCAAUGGCUCCAGAGAUAAUUGUCAAAUAUGUUAACGUGUUGAAUACAUUUGGUUGCUUUGAUCUGAGAUUGGCCGAUUACAACAAAUGUAGACUGUCAAUUGUGGGAAUGAAGGUUGUGAGAAUGAAAGUACUUUUGCAGAGGACCAUGACAAAUUGAAGCAGACAAAUUGGACAUCAAAAAUGUAGAACCAUAUUUAAAUUGUCUGCUGGUGCAAUUCCCCGUGCCAUGGAGUUGAAUUGAUUUAUUUCACCAUCGGUUUAAAGCCGUCAUAUUGAGGAACAUGACAACGGAAACUACACAGUACUUGGUAGGGGUGGGAAGAGGGCACAUCUUUCAGAUUCAUAGGUAUCUAAGCGACAGCGUCCCCAAAAUGCAUCUGAAGAAAGAAUUUAACUUUUGUUGGAUAAAGAGGAUUUAAAGAGCUCCCGAUGCUCUCUAACCACGUGAAAAGUCUACGUGACCAUACUUGCCAACCCUACCGCUUUAAGUGGCAGGCUGCCAAUGUGUUUUACCAUUGCUGCAAACCAAUUUUCAAAACUAAUCAUUUGAAAGCUUUAUAUAUAACAAAAACCUGUAUUUUUGGACGUUUUUUGCUUUGGAAAUCGGUAUGCGCUAAAACCGUUUAAAAUUCGUCAGCCUACCAUGUACAUGGGUACGCGAGUUUGCAUUCCACAUGCAACAUUCCAUAGGCGUAGUUUACAGCUUCACACCAUUGCAUAUGUAGGCGGAGAGCUUCCCGUGUAGCUAUGCAAUUUGCUUGUGUGUGGAAGGGGCCUUCCAUUUUGCCCGAGUGCCAUGGAGAGGAUUUUGCAGCAAAUGAGAGAUUAAUGAAUGCUUUGCAGUUUUUUCUGUUUUCAGAACAAAGGCGCUGAUUGACAGUUAAGGUCACAGUGCUGCAUUACAUAAGCAUGGCCACCGAAACGUUUUUCAGGCCAAAUACAAUUGAUUUCUGAGGCCCAGGGCAAAUUCCCCACAUACUCCCAACCCCCCCUAGCCUACCCCUCUCUCUACAAGCAUGGUUAUAGGGUGACAUGUUCAGGUUUGUAAGAGUGUUGGGUAAUCCUCGAUUUUGUCCGGUCGCCACCUGCAUGUGAAAUUUGCAGAAAGUGAUAGGUAUUUAAGUUUAUUUGCUUGUCACCAUGUCCAGAAACAAAUAUUUGCUUUUGGAGUGAUGCAGUUCAAAAGUUAAACCAAAAUGUCUCCCCAAACACCAGUUUCAGCUUGGGAACAAGCAGUUAUUUGCUUUUUUCUACAUCACCCACCUUUGUUUCGUCUUCUAUCUAUGCUGAAGUUCUCUUUGCCCAUCAGGAUGGUUUUACAUGGCACUUGUUUCCAUGUAUUUAAUUAAUACACAAUAGCUUAUAUCUGCAUUCAGUUAUAAUCUUUUAGCCAAAAUGUGCGGUGGCUUUUUCAUCAGUAUUUUAAUUACAAUAUAGGCCAUGUGCAGAUGUUACUUUUAUGCAAUAUUUUGCUACUGCUUGAGUCAUGCAGUAACUUUGUUGUCGUUGGUGUGGGAGUGAGCUCUUAGCUUUACUGCUAUUGCUGUGUAUCCAUCUGGGAUAGUUUUUUGGGAGAAGAAAUCAUUUGUGUAUGAAUGGCUCUAUCCCAGUUGAAUUGGCACUCAAAAUGGCACAAAUGCCCUAUAUGAAACUGGCCCUGCACAUUGUCUAGCAACUGAACUCAGCUCACUCCAUAUGUGCAUUUUCACUCGGUUCUUAAGUUUAUCAGUAUUUUUUAAAGUAUAAUGUCCAUGCGCCCUUUUUUGUUUUAAAUCCAGAAAAAUUAUGAAUUUAAUGAAAAAAUAAGAAAUAUAGUUUAAAAUCACUCAAGCCAACAGCAAAAAAGGUCAUGGAGAGUGUGUGUGUGUGCUUGUUGCUGGAGUGGUUACUGUAUAUUAAAAUGUAAAAUACUAAAUAAUACAGAAUGUAAUCUAAAGUUGAAUGCACAUGAAUGCAGCACCGAGAAACGGUUCACUUGUGUUGAGAAAGUUUGUUUUAGGUCUACAAUCGGUUGUUUGAUGGUAAUGAGAAGGAAAUGAAAAUGGGAUUCGUUGUUUUCAACAUUGUUGCACUUUAAUUAAAUGUAUUUGCUUUGCACAGUAUAAAGCCUCCACAUCAAACUGUCACCUAAGGUUCUCAAUUGCACAAGAGCUAAAUCUCGAGAAACUUAUAUGUGAUUGGGGUGUAGCUUAUGGCUUUGAAUGCAGUUUUGAGAUGGGGAUUUAACAGAAAUUCUAACCAGAUUUUAGUUCACAACAACGAGCAUCACCAUUAUCAGGGCCAGAUUUAUUUUUAGGGAGGCCUGAAGCUGUUGCAGCUUCGGAUAAAUUCAAUGUAUUCUCCUUACUCUUUUAUCACCAGCCAUGCUUUUGAUGUCAAACACUCAAUUGUUAUUACCUUGGUUAUUUUAGUAUUUUUACAUUUGAUAUGCGAAUUGUGUGGCCGCAUAAAAAAAAUACUAUUGUAUUUCAGAACAUACUGUAACUGGUUUGGAAUACACGUCGUGAUCCUGUGGAAUUAAUUACUUAUUUACCUGUCAGGUUAUGUCAUGGAGAUAGUAUUAUCUUCUUGGUUCUUUCGGUAAAGUCACGUAGAAGGGAAAUAAUAAAAUAAAAUGACGCUCAUUCGGACGCUGUCUUUCUGACAGCCCUGUUCUUCACCUGAGGAUGGCUGCUUGCGUUGUGGCUGAAACGUCGUGAGAAUUGUAUUUUGUUUUAUUUUUAUUAUUUUAUUAUUUCCCUUCUACGUGACUUUACCGAAAGAACCAAGAAGAUGAAUCCCUGCAGUCACGAAAGCAUUAAAUCGAUAGUAUUAUUUCAGACAUUGUAAAGAAGUACAGAUUUUGGGAGCCUUUCAGAAUCCAGGCCCUGGGAUGCAUCCCUUAAAGCCCCUCUGAUAAUGCGGCCCAAACCAUCAGCAUUUGACAAGUAGGACGAUGUGUAUUUUUUUGGGGUAGAACAUGCUCAAGAAGAGCCAUCUGUUGAGCAAGUUGGCACGGUCGUUGAGCGCACAAGGCCAAUCGCAUUUUUUGUUCCCACAGUAAUAUCCAUCGAUUAUAUUUAAACAUGUCUAUUACAUCUUGGGCUUCAUGCGUUUAGGCUUUUGUAUGCCUGAUGUUUGAUGCGGAGACAAGUGCAUCUCUGGUAUUUGUGCUUGAAAAAAAAAUCUAGAAGUGCACUACAUUGUUUUAAUCUUAUUGUUCGCAUUAUUUUAAUGUAAUACUGAUGCCUUUGUUACAGUACUGUACAUAAGAACAAAUGUAAUAUGUUCUCCUUGCGGGUAAUUUAUUCGGUGUUAUUUAUACAAAUAUAACUGAUGGACCGAUAACCGAUACGUUAUUGACGUGAUUUGCAUUUCGAGUAAAUUAAAAAAGCUGACGUGUG